AUGGCCGAGGAAUGUUAUGAGCCGGAAGAUGCCUUCAGUACCACUUUGGUGUCUGAUGGCAAAGACGAACAGACGGCCUUGCUGUGUGACCAAUGCCGGGGCCUCGAGCUCACAGUCGACAAAUUCAUAAUCGAAGCAGGACCUUCACUGAUCCAUAUGUCCACCGCUCAACACUACCAGCCGACAAAAUCCGAGGGGAAGUUCCGAGUCAAGUCAGGUCGGAACUGGGAGCACUUCAGUACCUUACAGAGGCUUAAGGAGCGACGGCAAACCUGUCCACUCUGCGACCUGAUAUACCGGGCAAUUAACCGGUAUGGGAAGAACAUUGAUGAUGAUACGUCUUGCUCACUUUCCUGGGAAGUCCACGGAAGAGCGCCCCAGAAAAGUGGGAAAGGGUUUGUUAAUAAGACCCGCCGAAUGAAACUGAGUUGGGGGGAGAUCUCAGGUAGCCGGCGGGAGGUUUAUUUGAUGCUGGUGGCGCCCCAUGACCCUCUGCAACCUAAUUCCGACGCCUCCGCCAAGUAUCGGAAAGGCAAUCAUUUCUUAGGCCGGAGUCUUGGGGAUCGGAAGGAGAAACAGGCCUUGAUCAAGAGUUGGAUUGACCUGUGUGUGAAAGACCACGAGCUAUGCCGAGACAAUCAUGGUAGCGAUGGGGAGUUCAGGAAUCUCAUCAAGCAAUCCUAUUUCGGGGUUGUCGAUGUGGCAGACAUGCAGCUCAAGUCACUGCCCUUGAAAGAGGAUGGAUCACCCGAGCCUUAUGUGGCCCUCAGCUAUGUCUGGGGCCAGAAGGUGCAGGACGAGCCCACAUAUACCACAAACCGUCGAACAGUCAUGACCCAUAUUCUGCACGGGGGGCUUGAGACGGCGUGGGAAAGACUGCCACGGACGAUACAAGAUGCAAUGCUGCUUGUCAGCCGAUUGGGCUACCGUUAUCUUUGGAUCGAUUCACUUUGUAUUGUCCAAGAUAGCAAAAGCUCUUGGCAAUUGAACGCCAGCGCAAUGCAUCUGGUGUACGGCAAUGCCCAAUUCACCAUCUGUGCCGCUGACGGUGAGGAUUCCUCCGUUGGACUUCGUGCAGUGAAACCGGUCCUACGAACCAUGCGACCGGUGGCAAGUCCACGGGAGGCUAUGGCUUCGGUAUUUGACCCUGAGGAUCUGAACGAGGUUGAUUCACAGCCUAUGAAUGCUGAAUGUGGUCCUGGCGUUCGCCUCAUGGUAUCAAGGCCAUUGGAAGCGGUUAUCGGCGAUUCGAUCUGGAGUAAGCGUGCUUGGACCUUUCAAGAACGUAUUCUGUCGCGCCGCUGUCUCAUUUUUGCUGAGGGUCGCGCUUAUUGGCAAUGCCGGGAGAUCAGCAUCUCACAGGACAUUCACACGGAUGGACGUAGCAAAGGGCUGUCGCUCGAUCCAAUCACCUCUCCACUGCGAACACUGCAGCUGUUGCAAAGCCGGCCUCUAUGGUCCUACAUGUCGUACGUCAGAAUGUAUUCGGGGCGUCAUCUGACGAACCAACGUGAUGCACUCGCUGCCUUUCGUGGCGUGUCGUGGCUUUUAGAACGUUAUAUGAAUACCACAUUCGUUUUUGGUCUGCCAGCCUCUCACUUUGAUCUAGCCCUAUUGUGGAGCCUGUCAGAGGCUUCGAGUUGGCGAAAACCAGGUCGCGGGUCACAAAUUCGACAACAGACUUGUACCGUUGACGACCAGGGGAACUGUACCUGUCGAGCAGAGCACGAUUAUCUCCGGGGCGAGGAAUUUCCCACUUGGGCCUGGGCAGGGUGGAUAGGGGCAAGAACGGAAUAUCAACCGGGGAUGUUGGAAAGUUGUUCAGGAAACAUUCAAGAAUGGCUCGUUUCCCACACUUGGAUCCAGUGGCAUGUUCGCGAUCAGAAAGGGCGUUUGCAACCGUUGUGGGAUUUUAUAUCGAGGGAUUCUAAGCCACGUUCUGAUCCAGCACCCCAGGCCAAACGAGAUGGGCUCUGGGGAGGCUAUCCAGCACCGUGCUCUCUCAGCUCCCAGUCGCGGCAUUCAGAGGCUAGAAACGGAUCGUCGAGAAGACGGGCUGAUUAUUUUGAGGAUACUCGGCAAAGCCGAUCGUCAAACCUUUCUCAAGGUGAUCCGUCCAGUUCCGACUCGGAUUCCUCGAGGUCUUCGCCAUCGAAAGGUCGAGACCCCUCAAGACGCCAUCCUCGCGAGGAUACGUCAGAAGGCGCAACGGGUACAGAAUCUGGAAGCUGGGGUGCAUAUCACUCCAUGUCGGAAAAGGUCUCACGAGGUCGCCGUAAUGGUGAAAGACACCGCAACACCCACAAAUACGCAUACAGGACGAACAAACACUACAGACUUCAUAAUUCGAAGAGGACAGUGCCUGUAGGGUCUGAUUCUAGCUCGAAUGAUCCCGAACUGAAUCGACAGGGUAAAGCCCUACAUGGUGACAAGUUAUAUCACUACGCUCCCCGACCACCAAUGCACGCCACAAUCAAUUCCCAAAGUCUGCCUAGAAUGGAUAAUUACGGACGUCUAAUAUCAGAUAGUAUACCUCACGAUGACACAGAACUGGCUGCAAUUAUACCUGACAGUCCCUUCGGGGUGGUUCGAAGAAAGGUAGGACGCAAGAAGAAAUCAUCGAAGACCCCGCGGUUCAUGCCAAUUCUCCAAUUCUGCACGUGGCGUAGCGAGCUGUAUGUGAUGGCUCGAGAUCCUUGCAAGAUACCCGUAGCCAAGGGUUUAGGCGCUGGACUGCGUUGGUGUGAUAUCGUCGAUACUGAGGGAGAUUGGUGCGGGAGUAUUGUUUUAGAUGAGGAGAGUGCUGCUAAGCGACAUGGUCAUAUGUGUACCUUCAUUGCAUUGUCGGAGGCAAAAGGAUUCACCAUGGAUGAAUGUCCCACUUGGACGUACUAUAUUCCCAAGGAGCGGGAGGAGUCGGAAUGGGACGUGUACUAUGUGCUGCUCCUGGAGAGAAAAGAAGAGCACGGACUUUGGGAGAGAGCAGGCUUGGGGAAGGCUUUUCAGGCUGCAUUUCGCGGUGAUGUUUGGGCAGAGAUAAAGCUAGGCUAG